GCGUGGUGUCACGACGCAUGCGCGGGGCCGGUUAUGGCGGAGGGGGGUUCUGCUGAGGGGGAGCUGGAGCCGCUGCGGUUGCGGCGGCUGCGGGGCGAGGGCUUCUUCGAGGUGCCGGCGGCCGACCGGCUGGGAAGAUGCCGGAGUGUGAAGGAAUUCGAGAAGCUGAAUCGGAUUGGAGAGGGCACCUAUGGCAUAGUGUACCGGGCCCGGGACACCCUGACGGAUGAGACCGUGGCAUUGAAGAAGGUGCGGAUGGACAAUGAGAAAGAUGGAAUGCCCAUCAGCAGCCUGCGGGAGAUCACGCUGCUCCUGCAGCUUCGGCACCCCAACAUCGUGGAGCUGAAGGAGGUGGUUGUAGGGAACCAUCUGGAGAGUAUUUUCCUGGUGAUGGGCUACUGUGAGCAGGACUUAGCCAGCCUUCUUGAGAACAUGCAGACGCCUUUUUCAGAGGCUCAGGUGAAGUGCAUCAUCCUGCAAGUUCUCAAGGGCCUGCAGUACCUUCAUGAGAACUACAUUAUCCACAGGGAUCUGAAGGUGUCCAACCUGCUCAUGACUGACAAAGGCUGCGUGAAGAUAGCUGAUUUUGGAUUGGCACGCACCUAUGGGAUGCCGCCAAAGCCGAUGACCCCCAAAGUCGUCACGCUCUGGUACCGAGCACCCGAGCUGCUGUUGGGGAUGACAACCCAGACCACCAGCAUCGACAUGUGGGCUGUGGGCUGCAUCCUUGCUGAGCUGCUGGCCCACAAGCCGCUGCUGCCGGGCACCUCUGAGAUCCACCAGAUCGACCUCAUUGUGCAGCUCCUGGGGACGCCCAAUGAAAACAUAUGGCCGGGUUUCUCCAAGCUGCCCCUGGUGAGUCAGUACACCCUGCGGAAGCAGCCCUACAACAACCUCAAGCACAAGUUCCCCUGGCUCUCGGAGGCUGGGCUGCGGCUGCUCAACUUCCUCUUCAUGUACGAUCCCAAGAAGCGGGCGACAGCGAAAGACUGCCUGGAGAGCUCCUACUUCAAGGAGAAACCCCUCCCCUGCGAGCCGGAGCUCAUGCCCACCUUCCCCCACCACCGCAACAAGCGAGCAGCUGCUGCCAGCACAGGGACGGAGACCCAGGCGAAGCGUGGCAAGCCCUGAGCACUGGCCCGCGGUAGGAGGCAUGGCGCACGCCAGCCAGGACUGUUUUCCUUGGUGGAACAGCAUCGUGGUGGGCUCCAUCCCUUCCCGGGAUUGAAUUCCCUUCCCUGCACUGGUACAGAGACAGCCUGGCUGUGGCAGGGGACCGAUGUGACCCAACCUGCCCUGGGCAGGCUCCAGGCUGGGGCUGGGUGAAUGCAGCACUGGGGGCAGGAGAGAUGGGGCCCUGGGCCCCCCGGGGCUCAGCAGGGAGAAGCUGGGGUGCUGGUGGGGCCAGCCCUGCCCCCAGGGGGGUCCUUGGCCAGUGCUGGCUGUGUGGGGUAACCCCAACUUUGCUGUUAAUAAA